AUGAGCUGCCCCGGCCCCGCCGGCAUCGCCGCCCGGAGGCCGCAGGCCCACAAGUGCUCCGAGUGUGGGAAGAGCUUCAGGUGGAGAUCCUGGCUGAUGAAACAUUGCAGGAUCCACACCAGGGAGCGACCCUACAAGUGUGAUAAGUGCCAGAAGAGGUUUCGAAGCAGUUCUGAUCUCGUACAGCACCAGCGCUCACACACAGAUGAGAGGCCCUUCCAGUGUCCCGACUGCGGGAAGGGCUUCAAAAGCGUCUCCCACCUCAACAGGCACCGGCGCAUCCACACCGGGGAGAGGCCCUACGAGUGUGGUCAGUGCCAGAUGAGGUUACUGAGCAGCUCCCAUCUCCUCCGUCACCAGCUCAUUCACACCGUGGACAGGCCGUUCCACUGCCGUGAGUGUGGGAAGGGAUUCAGACAGAACUCCAACCUCAUCGUCCACCGGCGCAUCCACACCGGGGAGAGACCCCACGAGUGUCCCCAGUGUGGGAAGAGUUUCACCAAGAGCUCCCACCUGACUGUCCACCUAAGAAGCCACACUGGCGAGAGGCCCUAUGAGUGUGAUCAGUGCCAGAAGGGCUUUUACACCUCGUCUGAACUCCUCAGUCACCAGCGCAUCCACACGGACGAGAGGCCCUUCCGCUGUCCCGAAUGUGGGGUGGGAUUCAAGCGCAACUCAGCUCUGGUCACACACAGGAGGAUCCACACCGGGGAGAGACCCCACAAGUGCUCGGAGUGUGGGAAGUGCUUCAAGAGUAGAUCCAACCUGACUGUCCACCUGAGGAGCCACACGGGGGAACGACCCUACGAGUGUGAUCAGUGCCAGAACAGCUUUUACACCUCAUCUGAUCUCCUCGUUCACCAGCGCAUCCACACGGACGAGAGGCCCUUCCGCUGUCCCGAAUGUGGGGUGGGAUUCAAGCACAACUCAACUCUGGUCAGACACAGGAGGAUCCACACCGGGGAGAGACCCUACAAGUGUCCCCAGUGUGGGAAGAGAUUUUCUCAAAGAUCCGAGCUGGGGCUCCAUGAGCAGCUCCAGGGUGGGCAGGAGAAGCCCCACAAGUGCUCCCAGUGUGGGAGCAGCUUCAGGAGGAGAUCCAACCUGAAUGCCCACCUGAGGAGGCACACGGGGGAGAAGCCCUAUGAGUGUGAUGAAUGCCAUCAGAGGUUUUACGCCAAUUCCCAUCUCGUCCGUCACCAGCGCAUUCACACCGACGAGCGGCCAUUUUGCUGUCCUGAUUGUGGAAAGGGAUUCCGGCAAAGGUCCGACCUCGUCAUCCACCAGCGAAUCCACACUGGGGAGAGACCGCACGAGUGUCCCCAGUGUGGGAAGGGCUUCAGAGAGAGCUCCAGCCUGACUGUCCACCUGAGGAGCCACACCGGGGAGAGGCCCUAUGAGUGUGAUCAGUGCCAGAAGAGGUUCCUGACCAGCUCCGAGCUCCUCCGUCACCAGCUCAUUCACACCGAGGAGAAGCCGUUCCACUGCCGUGAGUGUGGGAGGGGAUUCAGGGACAACUCUGCCCUCAUCAGGCACCGGCGCAUCCACACCAGGGAGAGACCGCACGAGUGUCCCCAGUGUGGGAAGGGCUUCAGAGAGAGCUCCAGCCUGACUGUCCACCUGAGGAGCCACACCGGGGAGAGGCCCUAUGAGUGUGAUCAGUGCCAGAUGAGGUUCCUGAGCAGCUCCCAUCUCCGCAGUCACCAGCUCAUUCACACCGAGGUGAGGCCGUUCCACUGCCGUGAGUGCGGGCAGGGUUUCAGACGCAACUCCAACCUCAUCACCCACCGGCGCAUCCACACUGGGGACAGAACCCACGAAUGUCCCCAGUGUGGGAAGGGAUUCAGAGAGACCUCCCACCUGACUGUGCACUUGAGGAGCCACACCGGGGAGAGGCCCUACGAGUGUGAUCAGUGCCAGAAGAGCUUUUACACCUCGUCUGUUCUCCUCAAGCACCAGCGCAUCCACACGGACGAGAGGCCCUUCCGCUGUCCCGAUUGUGGGGUGGGAUUCAAGCACAACUCAACUCUGGUCAGACACAGGAGGGUCCACACUGGGGAGAAGCCCCACAAGUGCUCGGAGUGCGGUAAGAGCUUCAGGUGGAGAUCCUGGCUGAUGCAGCAUUGCAGAAUCCACACAGGGGAACGACCCUACGAGUGUGCGGAGUGCGGGAAGAGCUACAUGUCCAUGUACCACCUGAUUUACCACCAGAGGAGCCACACGGGGGAACGAACCUACGAGUGUGACCAGUGCAAGAAGCGGUUUUUGAGGAGCAAUGAUCUCCUGGUGCACCAGCGCUCACACACAGACGAGAGGCCCUUCCAGUGACCCGACUGCGGGAAGGGCUACAAAAGCGUCUCCCACCUCAACAGGCACCGCCGCAUCCACACCGGGGAGAGGCCCUACGAGUGUGGUCAGUGCCAGAAGAGGUUUCAGAGCAGCUCCCAUCUCCUCAGUCACCAGCUCAUUCACACCGAGGAGAGGCCGUUCCACUGCCGUGAGUGUGGGAAGGGAUUCAGGCACAAGUCCAACCUCAUCGUCCACCGGCGCAUCCACACCGGGGAGAGACCCCACGAGUGUCCCCAGUGUGGGAAGGGCUUCCGAAAGAGCUCCCACCUGACUGCCCACCUGGGGACCCACACUGGGGAGAGGCCCUACGAGUGUGAUCAGUGCCAGAAGGGCUUUUACACCUCGUCUGAUCUCCUCAAGCACCAGCGCAUCCACACGGACGAGAGGCCCUUCCGCUGUCCCGAUUGUGGGGUGGGAUUCAAGCUGAACACAAAUCUGGUCACACACAGGAGUAUCCACACCGGGGAGAGAUCCCACAAGUGUUCCCAGUGUGGGAAGAGCUUUUCUCGAAUUUCCCAGCUGGGGGUCCAUGAGCAGCUCCAGGAUGGGCAGGAGAAGCCCCACAAGUGCUCCGAGUGUGGGAAGAGGUUCACCAGGAAAUCCUACCUUACUGUCCACCUGAGGAACCACACGGGGGAACGACCCUAUGAGUGUGAUCAGUGUAAGAAGAGGUUUCAGAGCAGUGGUGAGCUCCGCAAGCACCAGCGCAUUCACACUGAGGAGAGGCCCUACGAGUGCGAUCAGUGCCAGAAGAGGUUCCGGACGAGCUCCGAGCUCCACAGGCACCAGCGGAUCCACACCGGCGAGAGGCCAUUCCGCUGCCCUGAUUGUGGGAAGGGCUUUAGGGGCAGCUCUGCCCUCAUCUUGCACCUGCACAUCCACACUGGGGAGAAGCCCUACGAGUGUGAUCAGUGCAAGAAGAGGUUCCUGAGCAUCUCCACCUUUGUUAAACACCAGAUGAUCCACACGGGGCAGAAGCCCUACGAGUGUGAUGUGUGCAAGAAGAGGUUUCAGAGCAGCGCCACUCUUCGUGCGCACCAGAUCAUCCACACCGAGGAGCGGCCGUUCCGCUGUCCUGACUGUGGGAAGGGAUUCAGGCACAACUGCCACCUCAUCUCCCACCGGCGCCUCCACACUGGGGAGAGACCCUACAAGUGUGGGGAGUGUGGGAAGGGCUUCACCUCAAGCUCCCACCUGACUGUCCACCAGAGGACCCACACCGGGGAGAGGCCCUACAAGUGUGAUCAGUGCAAGAAGAGGUUCCCGAGCAGUGGGGAUCUCCUCAAGCACCAGCGCAUCCACACCAAGGAGAGGCCGUUCCGCUGUCCUGAUUGUGGGAUGGGUUUCAAGUACAACUCCGCCCUCAUCGUCCACCAGAACAUCCACACUGGGGAGAGACCCCGCGAGUGUCCGCAGUGUGGGAAGAGCUUCACCAACAACUCCAGCCUGGUUUACCACCUGAGGAGCCACACCGGGGAGAGGCCCCACGAGUGUGGAGAGUGUGGGAAGAGCUUCAUGUACAAGUCCCACCUGAUUUACCACCAGAGGAGCCACACUGGGGAACGACCGUACGAGUGUGACCAGUGCCAGAAGACGUUUCAGAGCAGCUCCCAUCUCCACAUGCACCAGCGCUCACACACGGACGAGAGGCCCUUCCGCUGCCCUGACUGUGGGAAGAGCUUCAGGCACAAGGCCGAACUCGUCGCCCACCAACGCAUCCACACCGGGGAGAGGCCCUACGAGUGUGAUCAGUGUGAGAAGAGGUUCCUGAGGAGCGCUUGUCUCCUCCGUCACCAGCUCAUCCACACCGAGGAGAAACCGUUCCGCUGCUGUUACUGCGGGAAGGGCUUCACUCAGAAGAGCACACUCAUCACCCACCGGCGCAUCCACACCGGGGAGAGACCCCACGAGUGUCCCCAGUGUGGGAAGAGCUUUUGUCAAAUCUCCAGCUUGACCAGACACCACAGAAUCCACACGGGGGAACGACCCUACGAGUGUGAUGUGUGCAAGAAGAGGUUCUUGAGCAGCUCCCAUCUGCUCCGUCACCAGCGCAUUCACACUGAGGAGCGGCCGUUCCGCUGUCCUGAUUGUGGGAAGGGAUUCAGGGAAAAUUCCAAUCUCACCACCCACCGGCGCAUUCACACUGGGGAGAGACCAUAUGAGUGUAAUCAGUGCAAGAAGAGGUUUCAGAGCAGCGGUGAACUUUGCAAGCACCAGCGCAUCCACACGGGGGAGAGACCCUACGAGUGUCCCCAGUGUGGGAAGAGCUUCACCCAUAGCUCCAGCUUGACUUUCCACCUUAGGAGGCACACGGGGGUGAAGCCCUAUGAGUGUGAUGAAUGCCAUCAGAGGUUUUACACCAAUUCCCAUCUCGUCAGUCACCAGCGCAUUCACACCAACGAGCGGCCAUUUUGCUGUCCUGAUUGUGGGAAGGGAUUCAGGCAAAGGUCGAGCCUCGCCAUCCACCAGCGAAUCCACACCGGGGAGAGGCCCUAUGAGUGUGGGGAGUGUGGCAAGAGCUUCAGAGAGAGCUCCAGCCUGACUGUCCACCAGAGGAGCCACACCGGGGAACGACCCUACCAGUGUGACCAGUGCCAGAAGAGGUUUCUGAGCAGCGGUUAUCUCGUGGUGCACCAGCGCUCACACACAGGCGAGAGGCCCUUCCAGUGCCCCGACUGCGGGAAGAGCUUCAAAAGCGUCUACAACCUCAACAGGCACCGGAUGAUCCACACUGGGGAGAGGCCCUACGAGUGUGGUCAAUGCCAGAAGAGGUUCCUGACCAGUUCCGAGCUCCUCAGCCACCAGCUCAUUCACACCGAGGAGAAGGCGUUCCACUGCCGUGAGUGUGGGAAGGGAUUCAGGCGCAACUUUGCUCUCAUCGUCCACCGGCGCAUCCACACCGGGGAGAGACCCCACGAGUGUCCCCAGUGUGGGAAGAGCUUCAGAGACAGCUCCAACCUGACUGUGCACCUGAGGAGCCACACCGGGGAGAGGCCCUACGAGUGUGGUCAGUGCCAGAAGGGCUUUUAUACCUCGUCUGAUCUCCUCGUUCACCAGCGCAUCCACACAGACGAGAGGCCCUUCCGCUGUCCCGAUUGUGGGGUGGGAUUCAAGCACAACUCAACUCUGGUCACACACAGGAGGAUCCACACCGGGGAGAGACCCCACAAGUGUCCCCAGUGUGGGAAGAGAUUUUCUCAAGUUUCCAUCUUGAGCAGACACCAAAAGACGCUCCCAGCCCACAAGUGCUCCGAGUGUGGGAAGAGCUUCAAGAGGAGAUCCUGCCUGAUUGUGCACCAGAGAAUCCACACGGGAUCUGAGGGGGAAAAACCCACCCUGGACCAGGGUCAGAGCUCAGAGUUGGGGGUCCAUGAGCAGCUCCAGGGUGGGGAGGAGAAGCCCCACAAAUGCUCGGAGUGUGGGAGGAGCUUCACGUGUAGAUCCAAACUGACUGUCCACCUGAGGAGGCACACGGGGGAACGACCCUACGAGUGUGAUGUGUGCAAGAAGAGGUUCUUGAGCAGCUCCAAUCUUCGUGGUCACCAGCGCAUUCACACCGAGGAGCGGCCGUUCUGCUGUCCUGAUUGUGGGAAGGGAUUCAGGGUAAAUUCCACUCUCACCACCCACCGGCGUAUUCACAUCGGGGAGAGACCAAAUGAGUGUGAUCAGUGCCAGAAGAGGUUCCUGACCAGCUCUGAUCUCCACAAGCACCAGCAGAUCCACACCGGGGAGGGGCCCUACAAGUGUGAUCAAUGCCAGAAGAGGUUCCUGAGCAGCUCCCAUCUCCUCAGUCACCAGCUCAUCCACACCGGGGAGAGGCCAUUCCACUGCCGUGAGUGCGGGCAGAGCUUCAGGCACAACUCUGCUCUCGUCGUCCACCGGCGCAUCCACACCGGGGAGAGACCACACGAGUGUCCCCAGUGUGGGAAGGGCUUCACCCAGAGCUCCCAUCUGACUGUCCACCUGAGGAGCCACGCUGGUGAGAGGCCCUAUGAGUGUCCCCAGUGUGGGAAGAGUUUCACCCAGAGCUCCCAUCUGACUGUCCACCUCAGAAGCCAGACCGGGGAGAGGCCCUACGAGUGUGAUCAGUGCCAGAAGGGCUUUUACACCUCGUCUCAUCUCCUCAAGCACCAGCGCAUCCACACGGACGAGAGGCCCUUCCGCUGUCCCGAUUGUGGGAAGAGGUUCCUGACCAGCUCCACCCUCCUUGUCCACCAGAGGAUUCACACAGAUGAGAAACCCUUCAGCUGCCCCGAUUGUGGAAAGAGCUUCAGCCAGAAGUCCAACCUGCUCACCCACCGGCGCAUCCACACCGAUGAGAGACCCUACGAGUGUCCCCAGUGCGGGAAGAGCUUCAGGACAAUCGGCCAGCUGGUUGUCCACCACAGGAUCCACACUGGAGAACGUCCCUUCGAGUGUGGGCAGUGUGGGAAGGGCUUCAGGGAGAUCUCCUCCCUCAAUGUCCACCGCAGGAUCCACACCGGAGAACGUCCCUACAGGUGUGGGCACUGCGGGAAGGGCUUCAGGUCCAGCGCGGUUCUGACCGUCCACUGCAGGCGGCACACGGGGGAACGUCCUUACGAGUGUCCCCAGUGCGGGAAGAACUUCGGCAGGAGCUCCCACCUGGUGGUCCACCUGAGGUGCCACACGGGGGAGAAACCCUACGAGUGCGGGAGGUGCGGGCAGAGCUUCAGCAGGAGCUCCCACCUGGUGGUCCACCAGAGGAGCCACACUGGGGAGAGGCCCUUCAAGUGCGGGCUCUGCGGGAAGAGCUUCAGCACCGGCUCCUACCUGAUCGUCCACCAGAGGUUCCACAGCGGGGAGAUGCCCUACAAGUGUGGGGAGUGCCAGAGGGGCUUCCCCACGAGUUCCCUGCUGGUGGUCCACCAGAGGGUCCACACCGACGAGAGGCCCUACGCGUGUGACGUCUGCAGGAAGGCCUUCAGGACCAGCUACCGCCUCCUCGUCCACCGGCGCUCUCACACGGACGAGAAGCCCUUCAGGUGCCCCGACUGCGGCAAGGGCUUCAGGAAGAACUGCACCCUCACCGCCCACCGGCGCGUCCACACCGGCGAGAGGCCCUACCUGUGCGCCCAGUGCGGGAGAACCUUCAUGCUCCACUCCGACCUGGUGGCCCACCAGAAGAGCCACACGGGGGAGCGUCCCCACGAGUGCGAGGAGUGCGGCAAGAGCUUCGCCACCCGCCUCGGCCUGGCCCACCACCAGAGGAGCCACACCGGGCAGAGGCCCUACGAGUGUGGACACUGCGGCAAGAGCUUCACCACCGGCUCCCGCUUGAGGUCCCACCAGAAGACCCACGUGAAGCCCUUCGAGUGUUCGCUGUGCGGGAGGAGGUUCAGGGUGAGCGCCAGCCUCAGGAGACACCAGGACGCGCACCAGGGGGAGAAACCUUUCCGCUGUCCCGACUGCGGCAGGGGCUUCAAGCUCAACGCCCACCUGGCCAAGCACCGGCUGAUCCACGCUGGGGAUGGUCCCCGUGAGUGCCACCAGUGUGGGAAGAAGUUCUCGGCCAGUUCUCGGCUGGCCAGGCACCGGUGGAAGUUCCACUGAGGGCAGCGGUGUUGGUGGCCCGGGUGCUGGAGGAGCUCGGUGGGGUUCUCCAGCUCCGUCCCACGUGGGAGGAUCUGGUCUGGGUGGCCCUGAGCGAGCCCAGGUGGGAAGAACCACCUUGAUCCCUGUUUGGAGGACACCUGGCUGAAGGUUCCACCUCCUGCUGACCAGGUGGGCAGAGCCACCUUGAUUUGUGUUUGGAGGACACCUGGGUGAAGGUUCCACCUCCUCCUGGAUGUGUCACCUUCUGACCCCACAAAAAUGUCAUUUUUUUCAAUUUUUUUGUGGUCUUCAGCAACACUAGAUAGGUUUGGAGGACUUCUCCACCAUCAGUCCCCAUGGGAGGAUCUGCUCUGGAUGGUCCCCAGUGAGUCCAGGUGGGCAGAACCCCCUUGAUCCCUGUUUGGAGGACACCUGGGUGAAGGUUCCACAUCCUCCUGGAUGUGUCACCUUCUGACCCCACAGAAAUCUCAUUUUUUCCCUUUUUUUGGUGGUUUUAAACCACACUAGAUAGGUUUGGAUGUCUUCUC